AUGGCCUCCUCUUCCACGUCCGGGUCUACCUCAGCCUCUGCCGCGCCCUCGACGGCAACAGCAAACUCCUCGGAACCUGUCGCCAUCGUGUGCGUGGGUAUGGCUGGAUCUGGAAAGACAACCUUUAUGCAACGCAUCAAUGCACACCUACACGGCCAGAGAGAGCCGCCCUAUGUAAUUAACCUCGAUCCCGCUGUGCUUAAUGUUCCUUUCGAGAGCAAUAUCGAUAUUCGCGACUCGGUGAAUUACAAGGAAGUCAUGAAACAGUAUAACCUAGGCCCUAACGGCGGCAUCUUGACCUCCCUAAACCUAUUCUCGACGAAGGUCGACCAGAUCUUGAAGUUGCUUGAGAAGCGAACUAGUUUAGAACCAGAAACCCCAAACAAGAAGCCUAUUAAGAAUAUUCUUGUUGAUACACCCGGUCAAAUUGAAGUCUUCGUCUGGUCUGCCUCAGGCCAAAUCCUCCUCGAGUCCCUCGCUUCCACCUUCCCGACUGUCAUCGCGUACAUCAUCGAUACCCCUCGAACCGCUUCGACUAGCACCUUCAUGAGCAACAUGCUAUACGCCUGCUCGAUCCUAUACAAAACCAAGCUACCGAUGAUCUUGGUGUUCAACAAGACGGACGUCAAGGACGCAGACUUUGCUAAGGAGUGGAUGACGGAUUACGACGCUUUUCAGGCUGCACUGUCAAACGACGAGGCUUCCAACGCGUUUGGUGGCGUCGAGGGCGAGGGCGCAGGUAGUGGUUACAUGAGUAGCCUAUUAAACUCGAUGAGUAUGAUGCUCGAGGAGUUCUAUACCCACCUAAGCGUCGUAGGAGUUUCAUCCAUGACGGGAGCCGGCGUCGACGACUUCUUCGCCGCCGUACGGGAGAAGGCGGAUGAAUUCAAGAGGGACUACCGCCCCGAACUCGAACGCAAGCGCCAGGAACGCGAGGACCAAAGACAGAAGGUCCGCGAGAAGGAGUUAGACAAGAUGAUGAAGGGCAUGUCUAUGGGUGCGAAUAAUACCAGGGAUACCGCCGUGAAGCCACCUAAAGCGGAUGAGGACGAGGAUAUGCAGGAUGAUAGCGACGAGAAGGACGCAGAUGAUUACGAUGACGACGUGGACGAUGAGAUGGACCGCGAGGGUUUACAGGCCAGGUAUGAGGCUGCGACGGGGUCAAAUGCGGAUUCGGUCAUGGACGAUGCCAGCUUUGCCAAGUACCUACAUACGCAGAGAAGAGGGUAG